UCCCGAGACUCAGAUGCCGCCUAGCCCGUUAGAACUUUAUCACAAGCUGCAUUUCAAUGCCACGAAACAAGGAUGGCUAAAUGAAAAUUCACGUAUUGAAUAUGAAAACAUCAUUGCACAUAAACAGGCAGCCUUGGAUGAAUUAAAUUCUAAAGGAAUAACAAUUACCACUACUAUGGAGCAUCAACUUGAGAAAGAAGCCAUAAAAAGUGUUUGUGGUAGGAAGAAAACAAUACAAUCAGCAUGGGAGGUUGGUGUUGGGCCCGUGUUGAGGAAAAAAGAUAGUUGGAUGAAAUCGGUAGCUGAAUCAUCUCAACGAGACUCAAGUGAGAACGAAAGUCUGAGAAAUAAGGUUAUUGCACUCGAGGCGAAACAGAAACGAGAUAAGGAGAAAUAUGAAAGAUGUUUGAGUUCAUUGGCACAAAGUUUCCAGACUUUGAAAGCACAAUACCCAUAG